AUGGCAAAGAUACAAAGGGCUCUCGCUUUGCUCCUGGCUAUUUCUUACGCUCGGGCUCAAAACAAUCCUCUCAGCCAGAGCACCCUUCGGAAGUACACCCUCGAUGAUAUAGUGCCCACCCGUGACCAGGCCUCUGGGCACAUCAAGUGCUGCCCUGCCGGCACCGAGUUCGACGGUCAGGGCUGUGUGCUCGGCAUUCCCAUCUGUCCCGAUGGCAGCACCCGCGAUGGGGACAAGUGUGUCUACCAUACGAAGCCCACCUGUGAUACUGGAUAUGAGUACAAGAACGGCUUCUGCACCACCAUCAAUCCUCCUACCUGUCCUCCCGGUACCAUUCUGAAGGGCACCCACUGCGCCCUCGAAGGGGCAGCAAGCUGCGAGGCUGGAUAUAUUUUGCAAGGCAACGUCUGUGUCUCACAAAGACCCCCCGUCUGCCCCAAUGGCGAGGUUUUCAACGGAAAAUCGUGCGCGUCUGUGGAAGGACCAAAGUGCCCAGAUGGAGCCAAGCUUGAAAAUGGCCUUUGCAUCGACAACAAGCCUCCCAUCUGUCCCAAAGGAGUCUCCUUUGACAUCGCUAGCUCCAGGUGCAUUUCGGAACAAGUGCCCAGCUGCCCUCCGAAUGCAAUUCUCCAAGACAAGCAAUGCAUCUUGGAGACUGGCCCUGUGUGCAAUGGCGGUGGUAUGUUCAAUCCCAAGACCCAGUCCUGUGAUAUCGUCGAAAAUCCACAGUGUCCUCCUGGAACCGAGUUGGAUGACAGUAAAUGUAUAUAUGUUGGCCAGCCAGAGUGCCAGCCAGGUACAGCUCUUUCGAUUGACAAGGCGCAAGGAACCGCUCGUUGCUGCCCAUCAGCCAUGGUCUGGGAUGGGAACGUCUGCGUCACAAAAUCAAUCGACAGAAAAUGCCCUGAUGGCAGCACCCCAACCAACAACCGCUGUGAGAAAUAUUCCAAUCCUCAGCCGCUCUGUCCCGAAAACUACAAGCUCGAGAAUACUCGCUGUGUUUGGCAGCAACCGCCUGUGUGCUUGGGCGACUCCUACCUUGAGGGAGGCAAGUGCAUCAUGGUCAGGAAGCCAGAGUGUCCGAAGGAUAUGCUCUUGGUUGGUGCCGACUGUGUUCUCCAGGGACUUCCUUCCUGCCCUCCCAACACCAAGAUGGAGGGUAGCAAGUGCGUCACAUAUGUGCAGCCCACUUGUGAUGAAGGCGCCAAUUGGGAUGGCAAGCGUUGUAUCGUCACCGGUCGCGGCCAUUGUGAGGAGGGCAUUCAUCAGGGAGAUGACUGCGUCACUGGAACGCAGCCUCAAUGCAAGAAUGGUGCCACAUAUGACGGCUCGAGGUGUGUGUCGUCACUAGUUCCGCAGUGCCCCCAAGGAUCUGUUCUUAGUGAUGGGUUGUGUCUUACCGGCGGUAUCCCUCAGUGUCCUCCCAACACGAAGUUCCAGGAUGGACUCUGUGUUUACGGUGCUCCUGGCUGUGCCACUGGUCAAGUCUUUGCCAACGGGCGUUGUGAAAGCGUUGAAACUCCUCAAUGCCCCAUCAAUUUCUUCUGGAAGGGAGGAAAGUGCGUUCGCGUUGCUGAAGAGCAUUGCGAAUCUGGCUACGUCCUCAAAGAUGGUCAAUGUAUCUCUGGCGCUAAACCCGACUGCGGAAACCUGUCUUUCAAUGGCAAGGCCUGCGUCAGUGAGAAGCCUCGUUGCCCCGAAGGGACCUAUCUCGAAGGAGAUAGCUGCGUUUCUGUUGCCGACCCCCAGUGCCCGCAAGGAUUCAAGUUCGACGGCAAGAGGUGUAGCGCCGAGAAGACACCCCAGUGCCCUCCCGGAACUGUCCACAGCAAGUCCAGCCAAGAGUGUGUCUCGAGCUCUAAGCCCAGAUGCCCUGACGGCCAGGUGUUUAAUGGCAAGUUCUGUGCUAUCUCUACUGGUGCUUGCAUGGACUUCCAGUUCUGUCCCACUGAAUCAUACGGGAAGGGAUGCCAACUCACUUCCCAUGGUGUUGUUUGCAAUGGACGUCAGGAUGAACAACGAACCACUUUCCCUGUGGAGCAGAUUCCUAUCAAGGGCGGCCAACAGUACACUAGGAAUCCGGGUCAGGGCAGCGGCGGUUGGCGCGAGCAAGUCCCCAUUGGUCAACAGUACACUGGAAGCCAGGGCCAGGGCGGUGGCGGUUGGCGCGAGCAAGUCCCCAUUGGCCAACAGUACACUGGAAAUCAGGGCCAUGGCAGUGGCGGCUGGCAUGAGCGAAUCCCCAGCGGCCAACAGCAUACUGGAAGCCAGGGGCAUGGCCAGGGAAGUGGUGGUUGGCGCGAGCAAAUUCCCAACGGCCAACAGUACACUGGAGGCCAGGGGCAGGGCCAGGGCAUUGGUGGCUGGCGCGAGCAAAUUCCAAAUGGCCAACACUGA